AUGGAACUUCGUCUUAACGAGAUCGAUGAGUUGAUGGCGAGUCCAAGCGUAGCCGUAGACACCGCGCGAUUGAUUAGCUUGAGCAGAGAAAGGGCUAGCCUAGAACCGGUGGUCAACUCCUACAAAGAGUACCUUGAAAUCCAACUUUCCCUGGAGGAUACACAAAGUAUCAUCAGGGAAGCAGAUGACCCUGAUUUUGUGGCACUGGCUAAGGAAGAGGUCGCUUCCCUAGAGGAUAAAAGAAGCGUCCUUGAAAAGGAUCUGAAGCAGGCACUAAUACCCACAGACCCCUCAGAUACAAGAAACGUCUUCGUGGAAAUACGCGCUGCCACCGGGGGAGACGAAGCUUCGCUAUUUGCCGGGGACCUUUACCGGAUGUAUUCUCGCUAUGCUCAACUUCAACGCUGGCAAGUUGACCUAGUCGACACUCACGAAUCGGAGGUUGGCGGCUUCAAAGAGAUAAUUUCACAGACCAACGGCAGGGCUACCGUGGCCGUUCUUCCGGAGGCGGAAGAGGUUGACAUCGAUAUCAAAGACGAGGACCUGAGAAUAGACAUUUUUCACGCGGGCGGUCAUGGCGGACAAAAUGUAAACAAAGUUGCCACCGCGGUGCGCGUUACCCAUCUGGCCACCGGAAUAGCGGCCGUGUGCCAGGAUGAAAGGUCGCAAUUGCGCAACAAAGAAAAGGCGCUGAACGUACUCAGAGCACGCUUGUUGACAAAGCACAACGAGAACAGCAAGAAAGCCUUAGCCAGGAAAGGCGGAGCAAGCGCCAAAACCCCGGCCAUAUCUUCUGGUUACCGCGAAUUCUACGGACUGUCCCUAGAAGUAAACCCCGGCGUAUUUAUUCCCCGACCGGAGACGGAGAUACUGGUGGACGAGGCUAUGCGUCUGGCCAAGCAGACUCCAAUACGGCCCCCGUUGAGGAUAGUAGAGGUAGGCACAGGAUGCGGUGCAAUAGCCGUAGCUUUGGCCUCAUGCCUGGUCAACGUAGAUAUCCACGCUACUGACAUCUCGCGGCAGGCCUUGGCCACAGCCCAGGCCAACGCCGAGCACCACGGGCUGCGGAAUCGCAUAGAGUUCAUACACUGCGACCUGUUGUCUUGCUUUUCCGGACCGAUAGAUGUGUUGAUAGCCAAUCUACCCUACGUGAGGAGCACCGCCAUUUCAUCGUUGGAGCCUGAGAUACGGAUGUUCGAACCGCGAGAGGCGUUGGAUGGCGGUGACGACGGCCUUCGUCUGAUCAGGAGGCUUCUGGGGGAAGCGCGCCCUGUGUUACGGGGCAAAGGUGUCAUCCUGCUGGAGAUGGACCCGCACCAAAUGGACAGCGUAGAGAUGGUAGCCAGAAGCCAUUGGCCUAGCGCGACAACCAGCAGACACAAAGACCUUGCCGGAUUGGAUAGGGUGCUGGCUAUACAGUUGUCCGGCUGCUAG